AACCCCUUCUACAAACAAAACACGCCAAUCAAGAGCACGGCGUUCGAGAAGAAAGCUCAGUUCUACGGAAGGAAGUUUCUCACAAGCUAAUUGGUGUGCUUUUUUUGUCGAGAGGUGGUGCGAGCGUGCUGCCCUGGAUGGCGCGUCUGUGGUGGUGGGGUUGGCGGCUGACGGAGCGCAGCAUCAUGCUUCUGAAGCCGGCACGCCGCUCGUCUUGUCAUACCCACGAGUACCAUUCUGGCGGCCCGCCGGCAAGACUCACUCUCAUCUCUUCGGAGGCGGCGCUCCCACAUGUUCUUAGCAUGGCCAAACUAAUCACCGCACUUUUGGUCUUUCUGGUCCUAUGCAUCACAGGAUGUGUGCUUGGCCAGGAGGACCGAUUUUACUUCUCAAUCAACCCGGAGCCAGUGACCUCAGUGGUGUCUGGUCGACCUGUGACCCUGAGGUGCAAGGCGAGUGCCGAGGCCGGCCUCGCCUACUACUGGCAACUAAAUAACCGCCCUUUGACCAACACCACGCGCCGGUUCCAAAAAGGGCCCGACCUGCACAUCACCAGGGUGGACAGGGAACGGGACGCCGGCGAGUUCACUUGCAUCGCCUCCAACAACACUUCCGGCUUUUCGCUCACCAGCCAAUCAGCCACGCUCAACAUUCUAUGGUUGACGGAAGACGUUGCAGUGCAAUUGCAAUCGCCGGACAACCCCAGCAGUGGAAACGACGUCACCUUGAGGUGCUCGACGGAUGGCAGUGGGGAGCUGAAGAUUGAAUGGUUCAGGAACUUGGAGAAAAUAGUCCGUAACGACCGACACACAAUGAAGGGCAAAAAGCUGCAUAUUCGCGGAGCAACCCCGGCAGACAAUGGAGUGUUCAAGUGUGUCACUCACAACGAGGCAGGCACUGUUGACAGCACCACCAAUUACGCACUUGCCAUCCCCGGAGAAGGAUAUCCUCUGGGAAGAGUUUUCCCUAGCAAGCAAAUUGUGAAGAAGGGAGACGGAGUCAAAUUCGACUGCGGCUUGGAGGGUGCUGAAGAGACGCAAUGGUUCUUUGGAAAGGACAACUCGGCUCUGGCUGUCUCCGAAAAGUACUCAAUUCAUCAAAACGGUUCAUUGGUGAUUCACAAAGUGUCCAGUGAGGAUGAGGGCAUUUACCGUUGUGUUGGCGUUGCUGCCAAAAAAGUUGCCUAUUCGGCGGAGCUUCAAUUGGCAUUUCUUGAGCCUUUCACUGAGGCAUCCCUAGAGCCGCAGCAACCGCACUUCAUAGCUGUGGUCGCUGAAAAAUCGGAAUUUGAAGUCACCUGUCUACCUUCAAAAGGAGUACCAAAACCAAGGGUGUGGUGGAAAGCGCCUAAUGGAAGAGUUGUCAGCGACUCAGGGCCGAUCAGAGUGGACGAGUCCCGAUUAAUCAUUGAUUCAGCAAGGGUAGAAAACUCGGGGAAUUACUCUUGCGAAGAAGAAAAUAUGGCAGGGACUAGUUCAAUAUCUCUGCAGAUUUACGUUUCUACCGCACCUGUGAUUUUUCAGGACCCAGUAACCAUAACAGUGGACGAGGGUGCCCACGCAAGCCUUUCGUGUCUCUUCAGAGCACCAAAGUACCCAAUUACCACUGUUCGCUGGCGGAAGGAUAGCGGAAACGGCCACUUCAAAUAUUUGCCAGAAGAUUUUUCAGGACGCCAUAACAAUGGAACUUUGAUGUUCACAUCGGUACAGGUCUUGGAUAAAGGCACGUAUCAAUGCGAGGUGACCACUAAAGGCUUCAAGUCUAUCUACUCGAAAAAAGCCCACAUUUACGUCAAUGAAAAACUGAAGUUUAACCCUAGACCUGUCAACAAGAAAUUUGAACUUGGAUCCAGUGUCAAGCUUUACUGCAAAGCUCAAGGCGCUGAUAGGCCAGUGGUCAGAUGGAUGAGGGACAAUUAUCGAAUGUUUGAGUUUCCUGAGCACAUCCAAGAUGUCAAUGGCACCCUCCACUUUACCAAAGUGCUGCGAACUGACAAAGGAAAAUACACUUGUGUGGCCACAAACUCACAAGGCAUAAUAAAUGCAACUAUUGAUGUAGAUGUAAUAGUUGCCCCGAAGUUUAUUGUUGUGCCUCAAAACCCAAUGGAGGCUGUUGAAGGUAAUCCAGUCAUGUUCCACUGUGUAGUGGAAGGAGACCCAAAGCCCACAGUGCAGUGGGACAAAGACACAAAAAUCAACAGUUUUGAUAAAAAGAGGAUAACUGUUUUGGAGAACAAUACUCUACUUAUCAGUGAGGUUAUAGCUUCAGACGAAGCUCGAUAUGGGUGCACUGCAGGAAAUAGUGGUGGUUUUAGAAGGGAAGAAGUUCAGCUAAUUGUCAGAAGUCGAGACUACGUCCAAAACAUGGGAGGUGCUGAUGCUGAGGAUGAGGGUGCUGUGAUGACCAGGACGGUGACCAUCACUUUGAGUGCUGCAGCUGCGUACAUGUUGCUAGUGGUUGGUCUGAUGGUCUGGUGCCGAUACAGAAGACUCAGGCGCAAGCAGUCCUACCUUCAGUCCGGAGCAACUCCUGAAGGAACUUUGUUGACUAAAGCGGAAAAUGGGGACACGGCUGUUGUUGAGAAAACAGAGUUGCGCGGAAAUUUAGUCAAACCCUAUCGAGAACCGCGUCACCUGGAAUGCGCAGAGGGUGGUUCUCAAUCACACAGUUCGAAUGGGAGCGGUGGCCACAAGAAGUCGCGGUCCAGUUUUGACAAACUCAGCUUUCCGAGGCAGGAUUUGAAUAAAAUCCUCACUCUUGGUCAUGGUCAAUUUGGUGAGGUUUUUGUUGCAAAAGCAAAGGGGAUGAGGGGGAGCAUCAGUGACGAAGAGGGCGUUGUGGUGAUGGUCAAAUCCCUACAGACUAGAGAUGAAAUUUCACUUCAGGAAUUCAAAAGGGAGAUGGACAUGUUCCACAAAUUGCGCCACGAACACAUAGUGCGGCUGCUGGGAUUGUGCCGCGAUGCUGAUCCCCACUUCAUGAUCACCGAAUACACGGAUUGGGGUGACUUGAAGCAACUAUUGCUAGCAACGACAGCAGCUGUGUCCGGAAGCAAAAAGGACCACAAGGGACUUCCGCCUCCUCUAACAAUGGCACAGAUGGUGCAGCUGGCGCUGCAGGUGGCUCGAGGCAUGGAACACCUAUCAAACCAGAGGAUGACCCACAGGGACUUGGCAGCAAGAAACGUCCUUAUCACGUCCAGCCAAACUGUGAAAAUCGCUUCCGUUGGUCUCAGCAAAGACACAUACAGUCAUGAAUACAUCAAGCACCAUGAUAUUAUGAAACCGGUCCGAUGGAUGCCCUAUGAAGCAGUCUUUGAGGAUGACUUUUCGACAAAGAGUGACGUUUGGUCCUUUGCGGUGCUCUUCUGGGAAAUGGUCCACGCAGGAGAGACUCCCCAGGCCAAGCACCCUGACGACGCUGUCGUCAGUCUACUGAACAAACGAGAAUUGCAGUGGCGGCCACCUAAGGCCGCUCCAGAGCCCCUGCAAGUAAUCCUCAGGGCAUGCUGGUCCGAAAGCCCCCGAGACCGUCCCUCGUUUGCAGAACUCGUGAGCGCCUUCGAGGCUGUGUGUGUCGACAGUCAGAUCUAGUUUCCUCGUUACUUAUUGUUAGUGUGAACAUACAUAAUAUAUACUCCUUCCUGAUAGGCUGAAAAGUGAAAGCGAUUUGUUACCUGCGCUGCAAAAAAAACAUUUCGUGUCUCUUUUGCUUGCUUGUUUUGCUGUCAACUGAUUUGUAGGAGUGCUGAAGAAUUAUUAUUACACUGUUUGCAAUCGAAGUGACUGCCUAUAGAAAUUUUAUACCUGGGUCUUUCCAUAUUGGAUGGAACCCUGACUUUUGGCCUUUUUGUAAUUAAAUAUUAAAUAAUUAUGAUACGAGAGAGAUAUUAUGAUGGUGAAGUCCAUAAUGUAAAAACUGGAAUGAUGAAAUAGUUUAAUUCCACUUAUUUUCUGUUUUAGGACAUUAUAAAGUAAGGCUUCAGGCAAGUAAUUUUAAAACUUUUUUCCACUUAAAUAGUCCUUUUUACAAAAAGCCUUAUUAUAAAUGGAAGUCAAUAAUUCCAAUGCAUUUAUUUCACUUUUUUGCAUUUCCUUGGGACCACAUAAGAAUCAGUAUCAAAAUUGCAUUUCAAUGGAAAUUUAACAUCUCUUGACUGAAUUAAAUUAUUUUUACUUGCAUGAAUGAGUGUUUUAUUGUGGAAUAAAAAGGUGUGUAUUAUAUCCCUGGGGUAAAAAUUAUGAUGUUCUUCCAUUUGUUUAAUACAGUCUGCUAUCUGUUAUGUUUUGCCUCAAAAAAAUGAAAUACUCUUCAUGCAACGUAUGAUAUAUUAUUAUGUAUAGGGAAAAUUGGUGCACACAUGUUAGAAAUACAAAAAACCCCAUGGAGUCUCCCUAUUGCAAAAAUUAUUCAAGAAUAGUGGUAAAGGAGAUGUUAUAAUGACCUAUUUCACACAAUUAAGUGCUCCUAAUUAUAUUUCAAAUCGCCUCCUUAUUAUCAUUAGAAAAUAAUGAUCUAGGUAUUGUGGUGUGUGCAAUUCCUUUUGUAUUUUUAUACUGCCAAAACGUUUUCAUUUUUCUAGUCAUCUCAAUUUUUAAUGAAAUUAUAUUAAAACGAUUUUCAGAGCUAUAUUAUGAACGUAAAACUUCUUAACUAUGUGUAAAUCAAAGUAGGCAUAAAUAAUUUUAUUUUAUCUUCAUGCAGAAAUUAAAAUUAAAGUAACACAGCGUGAAGUAUUGCAUGAUUGUGAAUUAAAAAAUGCAAAAUGAUGCAAAACUAAAUAGCCGAAUUUGCUGUUAUUAUUGUGUCCUUAAUCAACCUUGGAAUUCAGAACCAGUUAGAUUAAGUAUGCGUGAGAAAUGAUUUUCUAUUUAUUAUUGUACACAUAAAAUUGGAAUUAUUCCAUAUUUACUGGUAGCAAAUAAAAUAUGAGAUAAAAAAAAUUUAUGUAAUU